UUCAACACUAAACACCUCCCUUUCAACACAAAGAUAGUCUAACACAUAAAUUCUUGUUGGGCCAUAAACUUUUAGGCCUCGGCCUAGUUGUCUGAUAAUCUCUGGCUUUGGAGACAGCGGAACUAUGCUAUGCUUCUCUUGCUGUAUGGUGUGUAGCUGUUGCUGAAGUUCAACGUUAAUGGUUGUGAUGAGCAAUUUCUUGAGAAAAGCUGGGCGGUUUAACGUGGUUGGAGCUGUGGCGAUUGUGGCAGCUGGUUCAACUCUUGUAUACUCCAAAUCCAGUAACAUCAUUCAUUCCAGGAAACUUGAACUGUCUUCUUAUACAACUAAUCCUGUUCUUCCAUCCCUCAUAGCAUCGUGUAAGGAAGCUUCUGGAGCUGUUCUUGAUGAUUUGUCAAAGGCGGCGGCGGCGUGUGGUCCAUUUGGCAGAGAUACUAUUGCCAAUGCUGCUGCUAAAGUUGGACCUGCUGUUGUUCAUUUUGAAUUCCCACAAUAUUUUUUAGGUUCUCAUGUUGGAUCUCGUAUAUGCUCCGGAACGAUCAUAGACAAGGAUGGGACAAUAUUGACAUGUGCUCAUGCUGUGGUUAGUUCAUCUAAAGGCAAGAUUGAAGUCACUUUGCAAGAUGGAAGGACGUUUGAGGGGAAAGUGGUAAAUGCUGACACUGAGUCAGAUAUUGCUAUUGUGAAGAUCAAUUCUGAAACUCCACUACCAGAAGCAAAACUUGGUUCUUCAAGUAGGCUUCGUCCUGGGGAUUGGGUAAUAGCCAUUGGUUCUCCGCAUUUCCUUCAGAACACUGUCACUGCUGGUAUUCUAAGUUGCGUCAACCGCAAAAGUCGUGAUUUGGGUAUGAGUGGCAUGCCGAGAGAGUAUCUACAAGCAGAUUGUACAACUAGUAGGGGAAAUUCUGGAGGGCCUCUUGUCAACAUGGAUGGAGAGGUUGUUGGCGUGAACAUCAUGAAAGCAAAGGAUGUUGAUGGGUUCAGUUUUUCCAUACCAAUUGACUCCGUGGAUAAAGUUAUAGAGCAUCUCAAGAAAAGGGGGAGUGUAUUACAGCCUUGACAUGGGCUAAGGACGCUUGAUCUCAAUCACUCAAUGAGAUGAUUGCUGAAAAGAAAAAAUGCUUCAUUCCCUAAUGUUAACGAUAAUAAGGGAUUUCUCAUACCAAUCUAAUGUCCCUAUUUGAUCCUUUCUAUAUAUCCUUCUUCUUUCACUCUUGAGAUUCUUGUUUGUGUAAUUUUUCAAUGUAUAUAUUUACUGAAUGGAAUUUUUAUGCAUUGUUUUCUUAGAUAAAUAGGUUGCAACAUUGUUGGAAACACUGGUUAGCCAUAAGUAAUAAUGAAGUGAUUUAAGCUGAAAUUUCUUCUGUUCUGAGUGCAAUGCUUUGGUCAAUAGCUAGUAUUUCUUUUUCUUGGGAUAUCAUGUCAGCUUCUCAAAGGUAUUGUUCUAGUGAUGCAGCAGUCAGUUCACACAUUCACCAUAGUUAGCUGCAUUCUUGAGAAGUGGCUGCUUGUGGAUUUUUGGGGCUCAGAAUUAGGGAUGGAUGUUGAGAAAAAGGCUUGUUGGUAUUUGCGAAUGAAAAAGAAAAUAGCAAAUAGUAUAAAACUAGAAAAUGGUAAACUAGAAAACAGUGAAACCAAAAGGGCAGGUGGACUGGCAUGACCUAAUGUCUAAUUUGAUUAAUGAUCUAUGCCUUUUGUAAAUCAGCAUUUUCAACUUCUACUUCAUGGCAAUUAGUCACUUAACUCCAGUUAUUAUAAAAAUAGGUUCAUUUGUUAACUUGAAUAAACUUAUUAGUGAUAAACAAGUCCUUAAGACUGAAAAUAGUCACUUGUUCAAAAUUAGUGAAUUAAUUUCAAAUUAAUAAAGUGACCCAUUACAAUAAUAGUUGAAAUUUAGGGACUGUUUAGGGCAAAAUUAAAAUUGAAGGUCUCUAU